AGGGCAACGACGGAUUCAACGGAACAAGCGCACAUGUUCAGUUCAAGAAGGACGGUUAUAUAGACGCCGAGUUGCCUGAACUUCAAUUUCAUUUUGGACAGCUCUACAGCCUUUUCAUCGCGGAUGUAUAAAUAUCUUUAUCCGGCAUCUCCUCCCAGUGCUUGCUUCCACCACCCCUCUAAGCAAUCGCAAACACAAUGGCCCCAACAGAGAAAGCGCACAUGAAAUUCUUUUUCGACAUUUCCUCCCCAUACAGCAAUCUCGCAUUCAACGUCAUAGUUAGGUGGGUAGUAGCGCUCACCUCAUGCGCGGCGCUUCACAAUAUGCUCAUACUCCUGACUUCUAACCCCCCGCUUCUCUCAGAUAUAGGAAGGCUUGGAACAUGGAUAUCGAGUUCUUUCCUAUUUUCCUCGGUAGGCCACAAGUCACAUAAACCUUCUCCAACUCUGAGGGCGACAUUUUCAGGAGGUGUAAUGGUCUUCUCUGGUAACCAAGCCCCUUCAGCGGACCCCAAUCAGAGGCAGAUGAUUGAAUACGUGCGAACAGACGGUGCACGUCUGUCCGAUCGCUUUGGAGUCGACCUUCGCUCCCCACCUGGACACCCUAUGCAGACCACAAGCUUGAACAAAAUAAGAUUUCUCCGAGCCGUAAAGGCGGAAAAAAGCCCUGAAAUUCUUGAAGAAUGUAUUCGGUUGAUUUUUUUGGAGUUCUACAGCACGCAAACCGAUUACCGCAAGGAAGAGUUUUGGGAUUGCCUUGUUCCCAUGCUCUCACGUGAGGAGGUAGCCCGGCUACGGAAACUGUCGCAAACCGACGAACACAAGGAAGGGGUCAAGACCGAUGUCGCCCAUGUUGUUACAAAUUAUGGGAUGUUUGGUGCACCUUGGAUGGUUGUGCGACGGCCCUCCGACGGGGCGGAGGAUGUUUUCUUCGGCACGGAUAAGCUGGAUUCUAUUGCUUGGUGGCUUGGUCCAGGGUACAAAUGGAAUGGACCCUACCCAGAUGGCUCAAAUCCCUUUUCGAUAACCAUGCCACCUCGUCAAGGUCAAGACGCCAGGUUAUAA